CGGGGUCAGGUGUGGCUGGAACAGACCCUCUGGUGAUUGGGCGGCCUUUGUAGGCGUUUGGGGGCCUGGACCAGCAGGUAGGAGGGGUGGUGGUGGUGUGUCUCUGUGUUUCUCAAAUACGUUUUAAAAUAAAAUUCAAAAAAAACCUCAGCGAAAUCUAGUUCUCUUGUUUCAAAUUUCCAUAUCAGAUCUGGAUACUGAUCUUGGUUUGGUUGUUUUACAUUUUUUCAUGUGCUAUAUUUCAUUUUGGUUUAUAAAUUUUAUUAUGUUACCUUACGGCUUCAUGCUGGAUGAUGGAAUUCAGGUACUGGGUUAAUGAUGUUGUUUUAAUCAGGAAUUCUAGGUUUGUUUUAUUGUUUUGGCUACCAGCAGAAUAUUUUCCUUUGUUUAUGGGCUGUUCUCCAGAUUUUUUCUGGUUUUAAAUUUAUUUGUUUAUUCAUUUGUUCAUUUAUUUAUUCUGUCAAAAACAAAAAACCCAAACAAAGAGAGGCUCUAGACAGAUCUGAUAUGGAGGUGAUUAACAAAAGAACUGUAUUCUUUUUGUUUGUGCCACCCAAAUCUGGGAAAAUUGCUUGAGCAUUCUGAAUGAGUUUGGGAAGAAAACCUCAGUUAAUCUCAAUUUAGAGAAACAUAAAACGUUCUCUUCUACAGAGGGCUUAAUUUCAAUUUUUCCAGACAAGUAGAUCAUAAGAGUAGGUGUUUCCUGCAGUUUUUUAAUCAUAAAAUGACAGUUUGUUGUGUUUCUUUGUAUCGACAGUGAUACUAUUUCUAAUGUAUUGUUUUUCAUAGAAUAAAUGAAUAAGCAUACAAAUAAAUUUAAGACAAGGAAAAAUUUGGGAGUAGUCCCUAAACAAAGAAAUAUGCAGCUGCUGGAAGCCAAAAAAAAAAUACCUGGAAUUGAAGAAUUAAAAUGCUUGAACCCUGAUUAAAAAGGAAAAUUAAUCCAAUUACCUGAAUUGUAUUAUCGGCAUGAAGGCAAAAUGUAACAUAGUUAAAAUAUAAACCAAAAGGAAAUGGAAUUGAUGAAUAAAAUUCCCAAAAUACUAAGAAACAAAGAUUUUGUUCCCAGAUCUGAUAUGGAGCUUUGCAAAAAGAACUGGAUUUUUCUGGUUUGUUGCACCCAGAACAGGUCAAGUUGCUUUAUAAUUCUGAAUUAUUUUAACAAGGAAAUCACAGUCAAACUUGGUUUGUGAGACUUAAAAAUCUUCUCUACUACAAAUUAUAAUUCUGAAUUAUUUUAACAAGGAAAUCACAGUCAAACUUGGUUUGUGAGACUUAAAAAUCUUCUCUACUACAAAAGGGUUAAAUUUCACUUUUCCAGACACAUUGAUCAUAAGGGUAGGUGUUCCUUGUAGUUUUCUAAUCAUAAAACUCUAAUUUCUUGGGUUUUUCUGUACAAUAGGGAUACUAUGUCAAGUGUGUUUUUCUGACAGAAUACACAAAUAAAUAAAUUUAAAAAUCAUAAAACUGUGCAGAACAGCCCAUAAACAAAGAAAAAGGCAGCAGCUGGAAGCCAAAGCAAUAAAACAAACUUAGAAUUCCAGAAGGUAAAAAACCUACACACUGAUUAAAGAAGAGCAUUUAUCCAUUUACUUAAAUCCAUUAUCUGGCAUGAUGCCAAAAUGUAACGUAAUAAAAUUCAUAAACCGAAAUGCAGUGCAAUACAUGAAAAAAUACAAAAAAAAAAAAAGAGAAAACCACCACAGCCAAAGAGGCUGUAGCCAGAACUGAUAUGGAGCUCUGUAACAAGAGAACCAGCUUUUUCUAGUCUGUGGCACCCAAAACAGGCCAAGAUUGCUGAUUUUGAAUUCCAAAUGAUUUUAAUAAGAAAACUGAAGUUAAACUUGUUUUAGAGACAUUUAAAAUUCUUCUCUCCCACUUAAAUUUCAUUUUUCCCAUAAGAUAGAUCAUAAGGGUAGUUUUCUCAUCACAAAUCUCCAAUUUGCUGUUUUAGGUAUCAUAUUGGAUAUUAUGUCAAAUGUGUUUUUAUUUAGGACAGAAUAAAUAAUCCAAUGAAUAAACAAAUAAAUUUAAAGUCAAAAUAAUGUGGUGAACAGUCCAUAAACAAAGAAAAUAUUGACUAGUUGAAGCCAAAACAAUAAAAGAAAAUCUAGAAUUCCAGAAGGUAAAAUGCCAGUGCCCUGAUAAAAAGAAAGGGUAUUUGCAUAAUUACCAGAAUUCCAUUAUGCAGCCUGAACCCAAAAUGUAAAAUAAUAAAAUUUAUAAGCCCAAAUGAAAUGAAAUACCAAAUAAACCAACAGUCUGCAGCCAGAACUGAUAUGGAAGUUAGCAACAAGAGAACCAGAUUUUUCUUGUUUGUGCAACCAAAAACCAGACAAGUUGUUUUAGGAUUCCAAAUGAUUUAACAAGAAAAUCGCAGUAAGAUUCAUUUUGGAGAAAUUAAAAUCCUUCUCUUGCACAAUACAGUUAAAAUUUAAUUGACCCGGAUGCAUACAUCAUAAGGGUAGGUGUUCCCAAAAGUUUUCUAAUCAUAAAACUCCAAUUUUUUUGUGUUUUAUUGUAUCAUAAGUGAUACAAUGUCAAUUUUAUUGUUGUUUAUGACAGAAUAAAUAUAUAAACAAAUGAAUAGAUUGAAAACAAGGAAUAAAAGGGGCAAUAGCUCAUUAACAAAGGAAAAGUUGGCUGCUGUAAGGGAAAAUAAGAAAACGAAAGUAGGAUUGCAGAAGGUGAAAUGCCUGAGACCUGAUUUAAAAAAGAAAAUUAAUUCAAUUACCAAAAUUCUUUAAUCUGGCGUGAAGUCAAAAAGUAACAUAAUAAAAUAUAUAAACUGAAAUGAAAUAUAAUACAUUAAAAAUACCUAAAAAAGCAAAUAAACAAAGAGGCUGUAUCCAGAUCUGAUAUGGAGUUUUGCAAUGAGAGAAGCAGAUUUUUCUCCUUUGUGCCACACACAAAAAGUGUGUAACAGCCCAUAAACAGCUGGCUGCUGGAAGCCAAAACAAAACAAAACAAAAAAAAGUAUGAUUCCAGAAGGUUAAAUGCCAGUGCCCUGAUUAAAGAAGACCAUUUUUACAAUUAUGUAAAAUUAUGUAGAACGAAGUCAAAAUGUAACAUAUUAAUAUUUAUAAGCCAAAAUGAAAUGUAAUGCAUUAAAAUGCAAAACAAACAAGCAAAGAGGCUGUAGCCAGAUCUGAUAUAGAGCUUAGUAACAGGAGAACUGAUUUUCUGGUUUGUGCCUCUCAAUACUGGCCAAGGGGCUUCAGCAUUUCAAAUGAUUUAAACAAAAAAAUUGUAGUCAAAUUCAUUUUGGAUAAACUUAAAAUCCUUCUCCUUCACUUUUCCCAGACACAUAGAUCAUAAGGGUAGGUGUUCCCUGUAGUUUUCUAAUCAUAAAACUCCAAUUUAAUGUGUUUCUUGUAUCAUAAGCGAUACUAUGUCAAAUGCAGUUUUGUUUUUAAAAGAAUAAAUAACAAUGAAUAAACAAAUAAUUAAAUUUGAAACAAGCAAACUUUUGGUGAACAGCUCAAAAACAAAGGAAAAUGCAGCUGUGGUAAGCCAAAACAAUAAAACAAAUAAGGAUUCCAGAAUGAAAAAAUGUGUGAGCCCUGAGAUAUAUAUAUAUAUAUAGGUAAUUAGAUAAAUAAUAUAUAUGUAUAUUAUAUUAUACAUAUAAUAAUUUAUAUAUAUUCAGGUACUUAGAUAAGCAGCUCAAUUCACAAUAGCUAAGACAUGGACUCAACCUAAAUGCCCAUCAACAGAAGACUGGAUAAAGAUAUUAUGGGAUAUGUACUCUAAAGAAUAGUAUAUAGCAGUAAAAAAUGAAAUCCAGUCAUUUGCUACAAAAUGGAGGAAUCUGGAAAACAUCAUGGUGAGUGAAAUAAGCCAGUCCCCAAGCGAUAAAUAUCAUAUAUUCCCCCUGAUCUGUGACAACUAACUGAGCAUCUAGAAGAAAACCUGUCAAAUGAAACAGACACUAUCCAGGCUGUGACUCAGGGAUGCAGACGCUGAUGGCCCAGCUUCUCCCAGAGAACCCUGGAGAGGCAAGACUGGAAGCAGUCCUGGAACUUCGGAGGCUGGAUGGGGCAGUGUGCAGAAGCAUCCUGUGUCGCCGUGGUGACGGCCAGUGGGGAGUGCGCCUGCACCUGGCGCUGUGACCCGGAAGUGCACCCGGUCAGCCUGGCGCCUACAGCCCAGUGGUGCUCAGGUGGGAGUCAGCGCCGUGUCCGCUCCUGCCGAGAGCCUGCACGAGCCGUGAGUAGCUGUCUGCGAUGCUGCUGGCCGAGCCUGAGGGAGACCCAGCGGCCCCAGGGCCAGGCCGGGAUCAGGAGAGGCUGCCGCGCCGUUUCCCAGGCGCGUUUCUCUUCUUCGGCCCCUUCCGGAAGCAGCGGCCUUGGCGGGCCUCUGUCCUGCCAGCAGACCGGGCCCCCUUGGAGAUUGGUACACUUGUUGCAGCCUUCCUCUGGUGACGAGAAAUCUACCAACGUGUCUAUGCAGCUCUUCAACGCAGGGACUGAGCAACUCAUCGUCACCUUAGAAAACAUUGGCCAGGAACCCCUGGAGACACUGGAGGUCACCUCCAAACUGCUCCCCACCAAGGAGAUACUGUACGGCGACUUCCUGAGCUGGAAGCUGGAAGAAAAUCUCACCCAGUUUCCCCUGCAGCCUGGGCAGGCGGCCACCUUCACUGUCACCAUGAAAGUGAGCCUGGAUUUCUCCUGCCAGGAGGGUCUCCAGCAGGACCUGAGUGACAGUAAGCAGCUCCCUCGUUUCCGAGAGCUCACCCGCUCCCAGGUGUGCAUUGUAGCCAGCUCUCCAUGGUGCCUGCCACCGGCCAUGUGACUCACCCAUCUGAGACCUCUCCUACUUUGUUAGCAGCGUGGCUUACUGCAGGCACAUUAUAGAGACAAUUUCUCAAUUCCCACUCUUGACUGUCUUGUCCUGAUUUGCUAGGUGGUCGUCCUAAGGGAGUGGAAUGCUGUAAUUUUCCCCCCAAGUGUGCCUGCUGUGUUGGUGGGACACACAGUGGUGAUGAUGGAGUUCUCCCAUCUGGUGAUGCCAGUAAGGAGACGGAGCUGGGGGCAAUGGGAAUUGUAUCUGCUGCAGCACCAGGCCUGGCCAUGUGGGGACGUGAGUUCACAGAUUAGCUGUGUCAGGUUGUCACAUGCUCUUCUGGAGGCCUUGGGCUUGUGUUAGUCAGCUCAGGCUGCUGUAACAAACCCCACAGCUGGCCUGGCCCAGCCACAGACAUUGACUUUCUGCUGGUUCUCAGCAUUGCAAGUCUGACCCAGGUGCUAGCAUGGUUGGGUUCCUGGUGAGGGCGGCCAUCUUCUUGCUGUGU